CACGGCGCGCGGCCAAACGUCACCACCGCCUCGGUUCGUUAUCCCAACUAAACCUUGCCUCUUCCCACCCUGCCAUCCCCAUCGCUGGCCGACGACCGUUUCCUCUUAUCCGACAUGAUCGCUCCAAAACACCGUGGUGCCAGUCAACGCUUCUCUCAUCUGCCGCCUUUCUUCACCACGACGUGCGCCAACAGCCCGUGACGAGACGGGACGCCAGAAAAACGCUUUCUCUUCCCUGCUUCACUCUGACGUUAGCGUGCCCCUACUCUAAAACCCCCCUGCAGUUCCACCACCACCAGCUCGCCGCAUCAGGCACCUCAAAGAGAAAAACCGGGAUUGAAGCUUCCAGUCCCUCCAGGUUUCGUCCCGCCGGGCCACAAUCCCAGACACCUAUUGCUCCAGAGAGCUCCCCCCCUUCAUCUUCAGCGCGCGCCGCGUCCCGUCACGUCCGUCCUUCAACCUCCGUGCUCCGGCUCAAGCAGCCUCUCUCUCUACACGACGCCCUCCUCUCUAUCUCGACCACACCUCUUUCUUGCAUGCUAACUCGGAUGCACUCGUCGGUCUGCAUCAUUUUUCGGCCUGUUGGUUCGCCGCACCUGCUGGGCCCGCCCGCCUUCGAUUCGCCAAUCCGUCCGCCGUCACCCGUCUCCAUCUGAUCCGCUCCGUCGCCGCUCCUCGCCAGCGCGGGCCCCGAGCAUCGCCCCCCUCCCGUCAACCCAUUUCACGACAGCAAUUUUCAGCAAACUCCAGCCCGGUCGCCGACGUCGCCGGAGUGCGAUAGCAUUCUGCCCGCCAUGGCUGAGCCCAGCGGCGCCCUCAAGCCCGGCAACGGUGCUGCCCACGCCAACGGCAAGCUCAACGGCAAGCCUGCCAACGCACGCACCACGGUCAGGCAAAGGCGUGGCUUCAUGGCCUGGGCCGUCAGUCUCCUCGCGAGGCUCGCGACGUGGUCCGUCAUCCUCACCAUCCUCUUCCGAUGCCCCUCGUCGCUUGAGGCUUGCGACGAGUCCUCGCCCCUCAUCUGCAAACAUUACUUCCGAGCCAGGAAUGCCGUGUCGCCGCACGUUCAGCCCUACUACGACCAGUACGCUGCGCCCUACGUCGACGUCGCCCGCCCCUAUUACGACACGGUCAACUCGCGUGUUUUGACUCCGACCCGCGUCUACGCCGUCCAGUACAGCGCCCCCUGGGUCAAAAAGGGACAGGACUUUGCUCGCGCGCAGUGGGAGACUAACGGGCAGCCCCAGGUUGCCCGCAUCCAGGAGCUCACACAGGCACGCUAUGACCAGUCCAUCGCACCGCACCUGAACAAGGCAAGCGAGCUUGUUGGGCCAUACUACGACAUCGCAAAGACCAAUGGGCUGCAGCUAUACUUCGACUAUCUCGUACCGAGCUACAAAUUCGUACACCCAUAUGCGCUCCAGGGCUAUGGCGCCGCGUCCGGCUUCGCCACCGACACGGCGCUUCCUGCCGCCUACUGGGCAUGGAACAAGACGAACGUCUUUCUAGACACCUCUGUGUGGCCUCAGCUGCGUGUACUCUACGUCGACAACGUGGAGCCACAGCUGCUGCGCAUAGGCGAGCGCCUGGGACGGUACAAGAACCAGACCAAAUCAAGGGUGCUCCCAGAAAAGGGUUACAGCGCGCCGCCUGAUGCGGUCUCGUCAUCCUUCAGCAAGCCGACGCCCCAGAGUUUGACCACGCCUUCGGCAGCGGCCGAGGAGGCCAUCGCCUCAACGACUACCGAGCUUGAGGAGCCUACUGAGACCCCCAGCAACUACGCGAACCCCGUCGAAGCCCCGCCGCCCGCUGAGAACGAGAGCGACAAGCGCCGCAGGGCCCGGGAGAUGGUUGCCCAAGAUCUCGAGCUGUGGCAGAACAAGUUCGCCGCGCAGGCCGAGGAGGGCGCCGCCGAUAUGGAGGACCGCGUCGACGAAAUCGCUCGCCGGAUGGUGGAGGAAAACGUCAAGGGCACCGGCAGCGGACUGGUUAAAGAGCUCGAGGCGACCAUCGAAUCUGAGCUCGCCGCGCUCAAGACCAAGAUCUCGUCCAUCGUCGAGGAAGACUCCGAGACUGCUGAUGCCAAGGCCGUUGCUGCGGUCCGAGUCGCUGGCGUCGCCAUUAAGAAGGCGGCCCAGAUCAUCCGCGGCUGGCGCGAGGACUACGAUGCUGAAUUGCAGGAAACGGUCAUUGGUGCCGCCGACGUGCACUUCCAGAUACUCGACGAAACCAGAGGCCUUGCUCUCCAGCAGAUUGGUAUGAAGUGGGCGUGGACCGACGGCGUGACGUACAAGGACUGGGCCAAGUACCACGAGCUCAAGAACACGCUCACGCAGUGGACCGACGAGCUCAAGCAGCUCAUCGUCUCGCACCCGACCCUGCUGGAGGCCCAGGACGCCGCGGCCCAGGUCGAGGAGGAGGGCAUGACCAUUGCUACCACGGCUGCGAAGGAGCUCGCCAGGCUGAAAGAGGUGGCGCGGUGGAAGAUUCUGGCCAAGGACGCCACUGAAAACUUCGAGUCCGAGGCCAUGCGGCUGGCGGCAGAGGCUGCGCAGAAGAAGGAAGAGGUGAAGGAGACAGUCGCCGAGCAGCUAGACGAGGCGCAGCAGAUUCUGGGCGAUGCCGCCGAGGCAGGAAGCCUUUCGGUGGAGGACCUCUCCAGUGCCAUUGAGGAGGCCGCAACGGCCACGGCCGAGCACGUCGCCGAUGCCGCCUCAGCAGCUACGUCGGUGGUCGUGAACGAGGCGAGCGUCGCCGCCGAGGCGGUCAAGGAACAGCUUAGCGCGGCCAGCAGCAUGGCAUCGAGCGGUGUCUUUGGCGAGGAGACCGAGGAAACGCCCGUAGCACGAGCGGAGCCAGCCGAGCCUAUUGAGGAGCCCAUCAUCCUUGGCUCCCCGGACGAGGUGGGGGAUACAGACUCGACUGAGACCACGGCGGCGGUGGAGGAGAAACCAGCCGACACGAUCAUCACAGAGGCCGCCGACUCGGAUGCCGCCGCCGAGGAGCCGUCCGAAUCGAGCACGGAGCCAGAAGAUGGACCGACGAAGCCAAGCGAGACACCAAAGGUACACGCGGCCAUGUUUGGCGCCGCGGCGCAGAAAGUCUCUCAGCGCGGCCCGAUCCUGGACAACGAGCCCGAAGGCGACCUCAUCGGAAGCGCCACGAGUGCCGCGCAGGACGCCUACUCCAACGCCGUGUCCCUGGCCUCAGACAAGUACUCGAGCGCCAUGUCCAUCGUCUCGGCGCAAGUCUACGGAACGCCCAAGCCGGUUCACGACCAGCUGUUUGCCUCGGUGUCGGCGGCGUACGAGACCGCGGUCGCUGCCGCCAGCAACAAGCUGAAGGACGCGGUGCAGGCUGCGUCGACUGGUGUCUACGGCAAGCCCAAGCCGACGGCCACGUCGCCGGUCAACUGGCACAAGGUCGAAGCGAUUGCGGCGCAGCGGCUCAACGAGGGACGCAUGUGGGCAGAGAUCCAGUACCAGAGCGCCUUGCUGGCCAUGGGCCUCGCGGCGCCCACGCCGACUUCGGGAUCCGAGAAGCUUGUCAAUCAGGCCAAGCUGCAGUACUAUGCCGGGCUCGGGCUGGCGCAGGAUCGAUACAUGAGCUUCGUCUCGGCUGCUUCGUCGGCGUGGUCUUCGGUCACGGCGACGCCGACGCCGACGGAUUUCGUUGGCUCCGCCUCGUCGAUUGCUUCGGUCGCGAGCGAGUCUGCGUCGUCGGUGGCGCAUGCCGCCGGAGAGGCCGCCGAGUCGGCCUACUCGGCAGCGACCGAGGGCGUCAUGUCGGCGGCCAAGGAGGUCGAGGACUCGUUUGCGUCGGUCGUGGACGCGGCUGGCGAGCAAAUAUACAUUGCGGGCUCUGCCAUUGCCGAGCGGUGGGACGACAUCGUGGCCGAGAUUAGCGGCAACGUGUACGGCGAGCCGACCGCCAUUGGGUGGUUCGAGGGGCUCAUUGACGGGGCGGCCUCGGCGACCAAGACUGUCGGCGAGGGCGUGUCAUCGGCGGCGGACGCGGCUGUGACGGCGCGGGCCAAGGCCGAGGACCAGUACUCUGCGAUGGGAGAGAUGCUAUCGGAGCUGGUGAGCGGUAAGGAGCCGGCGUUUACGGAGAGCGUAUGGUCGCGGUUCCAGGCCGUGUACUCGACGGCGUCGGCCAGCGCGAGCAGCGUGGCGAGCGAGGCGAGCGCGCGGGCGGCGAGCGUGGGCUCCAAGGUGGGCAGCGCGGCGAGCCAGGCGACGGAGGCGGUCAAGGAGUCUGUGCAGCACGCCAGGGACGAGCUGUGAGGUGAAGCAGCAAAGAAGAGAAGGGGAGGGGAAGGGAGGGGAGGGGUAGGGGGUUGGCAGCGUUGAUUUCGGACGAUACCCAGUUUGAUGCACGUCUUGACGCAAAAAAAAAGGUGGCUGUGGGCUGGAAGUCGGGGAGCGGGUGCCAAAGAUGGCGGUCUGGCAGGCUGAUUAUAUGGACACCAUACGGUGCUAUCCCUCACGAUCCUUUUUGUGUCCUUGGUGCGCCAGCGCGGUGAACUAACUCAUCGAGAGGCUGAGAGUUGGACUCGGCAAGAGACGAGGGAAGGGAGUAGAGGACAUGUUGCAUGAAGGAAGAUGGAGAGUUGAGAGGCCUGAUGGGUACCAUGCAUAUAUGAGCCAGAUGGGGGAUGGAAAGAAAGGAGAAAAAGGCUCGAAGCUUGAAGCUUGAAUGAGAUGACGGUCUCCUUUGUUUUGUCGGUGUGUUCUUGUUGAUUAUAAGUCGAGUGUAUUGUACUGUACUGUAUGGAGUAACGAAAUAGGGACAGACAUGACUUGAGUAUAUACUUAUGAUACGGUACGGCUCGGAAAAGAC